CUGCCCGAAAUUGUAAACAGACUCCUACCGCCGCCAUUGUUGAAUAGUUCUAUCCACCGAGACACUUUGCUCCUUCGACUGUAUUUGAAGAAGAGAUCACCGCCGUGGUGCUUAUAAUUAAACCGUACAUCUGCAAAUAAUACAAGUGAUCAAUCAUGAAAGACCCCGGCCGCAGCAGCAGCAGUUCAGGCUUCAAGGGCAGUGACGUGAUCCUCAACAACCAGAUGAACAGCGAGGAGAAUCCCUUUGCAGAGUACAUGUGGAUGGAGAACGAAGAGGAAUUCAACAGACAGAUCGAAGAGGAGCUGUGGGAGGAGGAGUUCAUCGAGAGGUGCUUCCAGGAGAUGCUAGAAGAGGAGGAGGAGCACGAGUGGUUCAUUCCGGCGCGGGACCUCCCCCAGGGUCAGACCCACCACAGCAACCUGCUGCCGAUGCAGAACCAGCUCAGCUCCACUGUCGUCGUGGACGGGCUCAGGUUCAACAAUGCUGUGGUCAACAGCAAUUUGAACCCCAACGCAAAAGAAUUCAUACCGGGAGUAAAAUACUGAUCUGAAAUCUGUAGUGAUGAAUGUAACCUGUCUUAACACUCAGAAUCAGUGCUUAGACGAAGAGAACACAUGUUUGUGUCUGUCACUUUUUGCACUUAUAGCUUUGCCAAAGUUUCUAAAUUGUCUGCAUGCUAUUUCAUUUUAUUUUAUUUUUCUUAAAGGAAUCAGCUGUUGAUGUCCUACCAGGUCAAGGCCAGAUAAUUUUAGUUGUUUUUUUUUCUUCCGUUAUAAAACAGAUAUUCCGAACAAUAAUAACCCAAAACAAAAAAAAGCAAUCCUGAAGGUUGGCAUUUGUGUAUUCCUGAAUUUGCUGAUAUACCGUAUCUGUGAAAGAUUGUCUGUGUGUGAAUAGGAGGUACAUUUAGUUUUGAAUUUCGUCACAUGACCGUUUUUUAUUAUUAUUAUUGUUUCUAUCCCUUUUAAUUAACUAGUCUGACUCCCAUCAUGCCUUGCACUCCAUGGGUCCAUCGCUUAAUCUAACCUCCUGUCCUCACCUUGUGCUUGAUGUCUCGUGCUUCGUUGACGCCCAUGCUUCUGUGGAGAUGACCGUGAAGUUUCCCCACUGUCAGCCUAGUCGCAACAAGUUUUAGCGAACUUGUAUUAUUGAAUGAAACUUCUAUCGUCAAUGAAGUCUUGCCUUGCAUCACGUGGUAACAAGCACAAGGCAAGGACGGGAGGUGAGAUGAUAAGACGAACCCCAUGUUUCGUUUUUUUUGUCUUUUUUUUUUUAAACCCUUACGUUUUCUUUAAGUGAGAUGUGGAAGCACGAGACUACUGCUGAUCAUAAUAACCUUGGACAUGACUGGGAUGUUUAUAACAUGGCGGCAAGAUAAGAUAGAAUUGGCAAGCAAGGCUACUGUUAAGCAUUUUUUUUGCCUUGUAGGCGACACUGUUUCCCGUUGGGUAAUCUAAUAUUUUCUUCUUUGGUUAUUACUUCAUAGUUUACAUAUUUCUUCUGUGGUUUUAUGACAUUUUAUGUUUGUUACGUUUGUUUCUGUUCUUUAUGUAACAACUUGAGUGUUUGACACUGCCAUUUAGGAGAUGUUUAAAAUGCUACAAAAAAAACGUAAAAUUAUGUAAAAUAUGUAUAUUUUUAAUACAUCUACAAAUAAAUAUCUGAAGUUCUUUUGA